UUAUUUUUAUCAGUAUUAUCUUACUAUAUUAAUUUUCUUGCAAUAAAUCAUAUAUUUUUUAUUGGUGUGGAUAUACGUGUUGUGUAGAGGUGUGCAGCAGACGCCACCGCUCUUCCCAGCUCCAAAACAGACGGAUAAAAAUGGCCAAAAGAACGAAGAAGGUAGGCAUCGUGGGCAAAUAUGGUACCCGUUAUGGUGCUUCCUUACGUAAGAUGGUGAAGAAGAUGGAAAUAACUCAACACAAAAGACACAUUUGCACGUUCUGUGGAAAGGAGUCAAUGAGGCGUAUAGCAACAGGUAUUUGGUCAUGCAAGCCUUGCCGUCGCACAGUUGCAGGUGGUGCCUACACCUACUCAACUGUUGCAGCUGCUGGUGUACGAUCCUUUAUUAGGAGAAACAAGGAUCUAAAGGGAAAAAAGGAGGGUUCUUAAAUAAAAAGUUGAGUAUUUAAAUAAAAUGUCAAUGACGACAA